CGACUGGUUCAACCACGGCCACCACUGCCUCCGUACUCCUCCGUCGCCGCCGAUCGAUGAUCUCAGCGGGAAACGAUCGUUGGACGCCGAGAAACCCUCGCCGGCGAAAUCCGCGGGCGAGAGCUCAUCUUGGACGGAUCCUUCUCUUUCUUACAGUUAUACUUCGUCAAAGAGAGAAGUUGCUGAAAGUUCUUUGGAAAAUAGAGAUUCUUAUGGUCCUUGGCAUGGAAAGCAUGUCGAUUUCUCAGCAAGACCAGUUAACACCAGAUCAGAUUCCUCAGCUUGGAGAGAUGAGCUCGCAACAGCUUAUGAGGUCAAGGCUAGGGACUCCUGCAACAAUGGGAUGUCCUACUUUCAGUUAUCCACAGAUCCUAUUCUUUGUUAUCCACCUACAACAUGUUCCUCGUCUGCCAAUGGAUUCACUCCAGAGACUAGUUCUCAAUUGCAUUUUUUACCAAGAAACAGUUAUUCGACUACUCACAAGGAGAAUUUGUUAGAUAACAUCGAUGACAAUUUUUUUAACCAUAAGUUGGGCAACAAGAAGGUGCUUGGCAUGGAUCAAUAUUCCGACAGUAAAGAGGUUCAUGCGAAGGAUGGUAAAGCAGAUAACAACAUGAAAGGACCUACCUGGAAUUUCUCAAUGGAUAAAACAUGCUCAUCGUUAGGAAAUGAAGUAACAAGCGUGAAUUCAUUGGGCUAUUCAACAGAGGUGACAAAUGAAUUUGGAACUAAACAGUUGAACUUUAUGGAGUCAAUUGCAUCUUCAUCCAGGCCUAAAAAUUCCUUGCAAAUUUCUUCAGAAAUACUUGAUGAGCCCAAUCUUACUGUAGAUUCACCAUGUUGGAAAGGAGCCUCCAUGUCUCAAAAGUAUUCGUUUGGAAGUGAAGUGAAGGAUUCAGGAAAAGGUUCUCAAGGGUUGAAUGGAAAUGGGAAUCAAUUAAGUCAGUUAACUGCCAUUUCAUCACCUGAGCGUCCUUUGUUGGAGAUUGAAGGAGCUAAUGCGGAGACAGUUGUUACUGAUGCCACUCAAGAUAAACCAUCCAGCCCAAAUCUUUAUUCUGAAGAUCAUAUCAGGAGUUUAUCAGAAACCAGACCUGAUCUUGUCUCGGCUGCCAAAUCAAUAGAUACAGGACUUCUUCUUCAGGCAAUGCAUAGCUUAUCUGAAGUGCUUUUGUCAUCGUCUUACAGUGGUGGUGUCGAAUGGAAGGAAUGUGAUCAUGAGCUUGUCCGGUCUGUAAUUAACAAUCUCGAAGCUUUCACCAGUAGGAACAGAAAGGUUUCAGUUUCAAAAUCUAAUGAUACUCCCAAGAAACCAACCAACACAAGUUCUGAAGAAAAAAACCAGGGGAAGAAAAUUGAGAAGGUUGACAUAGGAUCUAACAGAAUAACUGAGGUAACCAUGGAAGAUCUGGAGAAUGACAUCUUUGCUAAGAAGGAAGAAAACCCUCAGGUAGUAUUAUAUAAAAAUCUAUGGAUGCAGGCAGAAACUGCAUUGUGUUCGAUGAAGUACGAACUUCAACUUGCACGCAUGACACUUGAGAUGGAGAAGAACGACUAUGAGACAGAAGAAAAGGACCCCGUACAACUGAUGAAAUCACCAGUGUUCAUGACCCCAAUGCACAGUGGCACGUCCUACUCUGUGGAGAACGAUGGAGGUAAAAGCAGUGAGCCAAAACAAAAAGAGCAGCAAACAAGCAGGGAUGAUAGAAUCGAAGACUCCGUUCUGGCUAGACUAGAAAUUAUACAAGGUCGUCAUUCAAAUCAGAAAACGUUAGCGUAGAGGACCAGGUGAGAAAACGCAGAAGAAACCUAAUGCGGUUUGUAUUGGGAUAUUCCCUCAGUGUGUACAUAUAUCCUGAAAACAGCGAGUAACCACGAAAUAAAAAGCUCUACAUCUUGUGAGGAAAGUUUUAUGGCUUAUUCAAAUGUAAAUAGUCCUCAUCUGAUGUAUGCACAAAUGAAUUUACAAAUUUGAGUACUGUUUGACAGGAUGUUUGGGGGAGCUUUUUUUUUUCCUUGUCAAACUGGCUUUUAAGCUAGCUUUUCCAUAUCUACUUGUUUGGUAAACUAUCAAAUAAGUUAGCUUAUUUUUU